ACAUAUUAACAAGUUCACAAUAGUACGAAUUAACUACUAAAAUUUUAAUGUAAAUGAUAUCAAAGCCUAUAAGAACCAAUUUGGGAGAAGGAAGAGAAAGGAACUAGGUCCAUUGAUAGAGCACCAACGACCGAAAUGAAUAACAGUCUAGCUGUGUCCCACCAGCAGAGUUUGUUGUUCUUUUCUGUCUCACAUUGCUGCUUGAAAGUGUAAAUCUAUGAUGUCUGCUAGUUUCUUCCUCUCCUUAUCAAUGCACUUGUUGCCAAGAUGAUGAAAAAAAUCAAAAGAAGGCUUUCUUUGACCAUCAGGGGGAGGCAUCCCAUUGAUGAAAGUUUAUCAGAACUUGCGGAAACUCUUUCUUACGAAGAUAAUGGAAGCAUCAAGGAAAAUGGUGUUGUCCAUGAAAACCGUCGGAUAGGUUCAGAUGGUGAGAGUGAAGACAUAUCAGGGACUUCAGAUGAAAAAGAUGAAAUAUCUCCUGUAAAAUUACGAGGACGACCUCGAUAUAAUGAGGCAUUUAACAAGGGCUUCCCUUACUUACCAAGCCGGCAGCUAGACUUAGGUCUUGAAUCUAUCCGAAGAAAGGAGGCUUUGAAGCGUCUCUCUUUACCUGCUGAUAUGCGUCUUCCAGAAAACUAUCUCGCUCAACAAGGCAUCAGUCCUGAAGGCCAGUUGAGUCGGAGAUCACGGAGAAAAUCUCUGUCUGAAAUUGGAUUUGGCAAAAUGGAAUCAUAUUUAAAAUUGGAUAAAUUAGGAGAGGGAACUUAUGCGACGGUCUUCAAAGGUAAAAGUAGACUCACCGAUAAUUUGGUUGCACUGAAAGAAAUUCGUCUUGAACACGAAGAAGGGGCUCCGUGUACGGCCAUCAGAGAAGUAUCGUUAUUGAGAGAAUUGAAGCAUUCAAACAUUGUAACAUUACAUGAUAUAAUUCACACCGACAAAUCUCUAACUCUAGUCUUUGAAUAUUUGGAAAAAGAUCUCAAACAAUAUAUGGAUGACUGUGGUAACAUAAUGAGUAUGACCAAUGUAACGCUUUUUUUAUUUCAACUGUUACGUGGUUUAGCCUAUUGUCACCGGCGUCGUGUUCUACACAGAGAUUUAAAACCCCAAAACUUAUUAAUUAACGAACGAGGAGAACUCAAACUAGCAGAUUUUGGUCUAGCUCGAGCCAAAUCUAUACCUACUAAAACUUAUUCAAAUGAAGUAGUUACAUUAUGGUAUCGACCGCCUGAUGUUUUGCUUGGAUCAACAGAAUAUUCAACACCCAUUGAUAUGUGGGGUGUUGGCUGUAUAUUCUACGAAAUGGCAUGUGGACGUCCGCUGUUCCCAGGGUCCGCAGUUGAGGAUGAACUUCAUCAAAUCUUUAAAAUCCUAGGCACUCCUACAGAAACCACAUUUCCCGGUAUAACUGCCCAUCAAGACUUUCACUCUUACAAUUUUCCAUUUUAUGAAGCCGAGUCUUUACUAAAUAUUGCUCCAAGGUUAGAUGGAGAUGGCUUAGACCUGCUGGAGAAAUUUCUAGUGUAUGAAGCUAGGAAAAGAAUGAGUGCAACUGAAGCACUGAAGCACCCAUUUUUCAGGUGUCUCGGUCCAAGUGUUCACAAGAUCCCUGACACUACCUCAAUAUUUGCAGUUCCGGGUAUAGUUUUACAUAGAGACCCUGGUAUCCGUUCUUCCUCAGUGGCAACUUCAGGGAACCGAAGACGUCAGAGUAUGCUCUUUUGAAAAUUUGCUGACAGCGCUGCUAGAUACUGUGAUUCCUCUUACUUUUUUUUUGGUUAGUAACCAAAGAUUGACUUAGUCAACUGUACUUUAGUAAGAAAAGUUUUUGUGGCCACGGAUAAAACAAACAGCAACUGUUGGGAGCAAAGUCAGAGCAUAUCCAUUGUAUUAACCAUGAUAACAACUGUGCCAACCACCAACCUUUGGAUGUGUCUCUCUCUAUCUCUCUCUCUCGCUCGCUCGCUCGCUUUCUCCCUCACACAUACACACACACACACACACACACACACACACACUCUCUUUCUUUGUUUCUCUGUCUCUCUCUCUCUUUUCCCCACCUCAGGGAUACACUUUACUCUAGACUUGAUCUCGGACAACUGCCACACUUUGAAAAACUUGAUGUCGCUGAACAUUUUACACAGAAAUGGGCUGUUCACUAUCUGUGGAGAGAAGUGGGUGAUGGUGCGUUCACUGGCUGAUGCAUUCACUAUCAUCUGCGGCAAACAGCAGGGGUGGUGGUCGUGUGUUCAUCGGGUGAUGCGUUCACAGUCUGUGAAGAGCGACAGAAACGUUGAGGUUCACUUAACUGUGGACAGCAGCAGAGGUGGAAGGGGAUGAAUGUUCAUAGAGUGAUGUGUUGUCCACUCUCUGUGGAGUGUAGGGUAUGUUCACUAUCUGUGGAGAGCAGGGUGGGAUGCAAUGAUGUGUUCACUAUCUGUAGCAGAGGAAGCAGAAUAAUGUGUUCACUUAGUUUUUGAAAAGAGUUGGGGGUUGUGGAGUCUUGUGUCCACAUAUUAUGGAAAAUGGUGCGGUCAGAUGAUGUGUUAACUAUUUGUGUAGAGUUGCCCAACAAUAGAGAGUGACCAGUUUUAUUUAUUUAUUUCAAAAUAUUGUCUAUUAAAUAAAAGCUCUCUGCCAAAUACUGCAAACAACAGCAGCAGCAGCAGCUGAUGUCAUGCUAUCUAUAGAAAUGUCAUAGCUCUCAUCUAGCAUCUAUAAUCAAUCUGCUGGUAGUAUUCUUGGCUUAGAAGAUCUCCCUUUUAAUUUCAUUUUGUUCCACUUUGAUAUAUCAACUUUUAGCUGAUGAAGGAAAAAUACAAAACAGAACCCCUUUCAAAUCUACAUUUAGUUAGGGUCCUUUUUAUAAAGAACAGCAAUGACAACUGUUGUGAGAUGUUCUUUAAUAAAGACAACAAUAACAAGUGUUGUUAGACUUCUUUUAAUGGAGAUGACAAUAGCAACAGUUGUUUACAUUGUCUUUAGAAUAGUGUCUAGCCCAUCCAUCCAACACCUGGCAGGUGAUGUAUGAAAGGGUUGCCCAUACACUAACACACACACAAAUAAUAAUAUCAUCCAACAGGAACUAAAUAUGUCCCCUACAUAAUAGAUUUAAUAUUACAAACAGAUGCAAGGCAAUGAGCUAACCGAACCGUUAGCAUGACAGACAAAAUGCUUAGCAGCAUUUCAUCCAUCUUUAUGUUAUAAGUUCAAAUUCUGCCUUCCAUCCUUUUGAGGUCAAAAGAACAAGUACCAGCUGAGCACUGGGGUCAAUGUAAUUGACUCCCCCUCCCCUCAAAACUGUUGGCCUUAUGACAAAAUAAGAAAGGAAUAUUCCAGACAGAUGUGGGUAGUGUGAUGUAUGUAGAUAGGUUACCCAUACAAUAUUUUACAUCAUCAACUCACUGCUGAUAAACCCACACACACACACACACACGUCAGCACUUGCCCAUGGUAGUACCAAGCAUAUCGUUUCACUGAAAACUGUCGAAUGGCUGAGAGCAAAUAUGGCCAAAUUAUUUUAGUUUCCAAUGUUUAUCAAGUUGAGAGCAUUGUCCACUUGAUCAAGGAUCUAUGCAUCAGUUUUCCUGAUCAUCCCCCGUGUCUGCAGUAUAUGGUACCAGUACCUUGACUUGAAGUUGCUGAGUUUGUAGUAGUGGCAGCAUUUAGCAGCCAUGCCUCACACAAUAGCACAGAGCCACUGAGUGGUCAGUGACUUCACUGGCCACAUCUUUAUCUUGUGCGAUGCACCAUAAUUUUUCCACACUUUGGCCAAGUCAUUCAUUGCUAAGCAACAAUCCAUAUUCUGACCAGGGCAGAUUUCCUUGGCGCUGCAUCAAUCGAUGUAGAUGUAGACAUUCGGGUAUUUAGAUUUUUUUUUUUUUUUUUACCAGCUGAUCACAUGGCCAUCAACAUGAACCACUUGGCAUUCAAAGAACCGUAUAGCCAUUAUUUUGGUUAUGUUGCUAUUCAGGUGUAGACCAACUGUUUCACAGAUUUUACACACAACAAAAGAUCCUCAUGCUCUUUGUGGUUACUAAACAAAUUGGUACCAUUGGCACAUUGCAGUCUACUAAUCCAUUCUCCACCAAAUGGCACACUGCCAACAUACCCUCGCAGGACCGGUCUUGUCACUAUUUCUCCAUAUACAUUGUACCAGUCCAGCAACAGGAUAGAGCCUCGUCUACUAGUUUUUGCCAAACCAGUCCCAUUUGUUACCUUUCAUACCAACAGCAGUCUGCCAUUUAUGACGGAGAACUUCAUUCUAAUCAACCACAUAGCCAGCAAAACCAAUAUUAUACACAGUCGAUACAGUUAAAUACCUUUGUGUAAUCAAAGAAACCCAUGAACAUCUUCGGCAGUUUAUCAUCUGCUUUCUCUCGGAUUCAAUGGAUGUUCUCUGUCUGGUCAAGUGUUUGCACAGUCAUUCCAAAUCUGGCUUCUUCCCUAGAAGUUUACAUGUCUCUGGUUUGACUGCCUGAGAAAUGCUGCAGACUGACAUUGUUGCUUAUAUUGGUUGGAAAUGCUUUAUUGGCAAAUACAGACACUUGUGGCAGACUGGCUUUGCCCCUGUGUCAGAAAUUAUUAUUAUUAUUAUUAUUAUUAUUAUUAUUAUUAUUAUUAUUAAGGUGGCAAGCUGGCAGAAUCGUUAGCACAUCGGACAAAAUGCUUAGUGGCAUUUCAUCAGUCCUUACAUUCUGAGUUCAAAUUCCACCGAGGUCGACUUAGCCUUUCAUCCUUUUUGGGGUUCAAUAAUAUAGAAAUACAGGGUUUUCAAUGUGAUUCCUUAUCCCUUGCCCCCAAAUUUGUUCCCAUGUUAGAAACAGUUAUUAUUCUCUUCUCUCAUGACAGAUGUCACUGGGUGCAGACAAUAGUUUUUAAAGUGUGAUGUUAUCUCUGUUUUUUGUUUUUUCUUUUGUCUUUCCCUAGGGUUAAUCAUCUGGACAUCAUGGACGUUGGUUUUGCAUGGAAUUCUCCCUGUCUGUCCAAACCAUUCUUCCUGAGAACCACCACAGCCAUAGUACUUAGACUAACCAAUAUUAUUCUCUUUGACUUCCAACAUCUCACUAAAUUCUGUGUUUGGACUCUUUGUCAAAACUGUUACCACAAGUGGUAUGUACCUCCUUCAGUGCCAGGGCGACGACGAUGAUGAACGUCACACAAUCUUCUCUGUUGGACAGGUCCAAUGGAAUAGCGACAUAGUCAUCCUCACUGACUUAAUGAUUAAUACUCAUCAUUUUAAUAAUAAUAAUAAUAAUAAUAACAAUAAUAAUAAUUUCCUGUGGCUAGACAUUUUCUAAAGAUAAAACUGUAUUAAGAUAUUGAUACUGGGUCGACAGUCCAAGUCAAUCCCCAAAAAACAUUUGGCACCAAAAUAGAUGCAGUGAAUGAUUUGUCUUGUUGCUCUACCAACUGGCAAUUCCACCAUCCUUAAUAAUAAUAAUAAUAAUAAUAAAAGUAGUAGUAGUAGUAGUAGUAGUAAUAUUGAUAUUGCAUUGUGUUGUCAUAUAUCAUAGAUUCCCCCACCCCCCUCUCUCUCUCUGAUGUGGCUGUUCCAUUCAGUAUUAUGACUGGUAGAUAUAUCCACCCAAGUAUUGUAACCGGUACUUGUAUCACACUAAAGCAUCACUAAUGAUGGUAGUGUCACAAUGCGCUGUGACAGGUGCCUGUGUCACACUCUGCUUCUGUGUCCCAGUUCACUUGUCAGGGAAUGUUUCUGGAAUAAACAUCGCGAUGAACAGUAAAGGCUCAUUGUUUGAACCACAAAACAGUCGCAGUGGUCAUUAAGCUUGACCAACAAUAAUUACAAUUGUAGUGGUCACUACCAAAGUCCAAUUUUACAGUGGCAGUGGCUAUUGACCUGGUCUGACAGUAAAGUUAUCAAAUGACCUUUCUGUCACUACAUUUGUUUCAAGUGUUACAUUAGACUUGGUGGCAUUAAAAUAUUCAACGAAAUGUGUCAGCUGGCUUGUUUCCCUGGUUUUUCUCUGACUAGCAGCAGUGUCACACAAUACUGGCCCAGCUACAUGUUACAAUAUUGUUACUAGUAGCUGCUACAUCAUACUGUGACUGGCAGCUUUGUCGCACUCUACUGUGACAGCUACAUGUCACACUAUAGUGCAACAGCUCCCUGAGAAUUAUGUUAGGGACAUGCGUGUCUGUGGAGUACUCAGCCGCUUGCACAUCAAUUUCACAGGCAGGCUGUUCCAUUGAUUGGAUCAGCUGGAACCCUUGGCAUUGUAACCGACAGAGUGACAGUCAAAUAUAGACUCACCCACACACAAUAUGCAACACUGGUUUCACUUCUGUCAAAUAUGUCCUAGAAAGAAUGAGAGAGUGGAAAGACUUAACUAAACUUAAAACUGUACCAUUGAAGCCAUCUUACAGUUUCAAAAAUUUAGAACCAAUUAGAAAAUCCUUAAUUCUCUUUCCUUUAAUUAGUAAAUUAGUACAAAGAUUUAUAGUUGAUAUGCAUAGCAGAUAUGUGACUGUCAUUAUUUUUCUUACUUUUUUUUUUUAAACAUGUCCAGAAAAUAUAUUGGUCACAUACACACACUAUAUAUAUAUAUAUAUAUAUAU